AUGUUACUCUCGAUUAUUAUCACCGCCCUCCUCGCCUGGCUCUGGUAUAGCAUCUAUUGUCUGAUUCAGAAUAUCAACCGGGCCCGGAAACUAGGGCUUCCCUACCAUAUCCUCCCCGUCAGCCCUGUCAACCCACUCUGGGUUGUACUUGAACCAGUAAUCUUCUAUGUUCUAGAUCGCUUGCCUUUUCAGUUUGGUCGCCUUACACACUAUGGCCGGCGGGGUUGGCAAUUCAAAGAUAAGGCACAAUCACAUCUUCGCAUGGGAGACGCGUUUGCGAUUGCAACUCCAUUCGAAGUGUUUGUCUAUAUCUGCGAUGCCCAGGCGAUCACGGAGAUUAUUAACCGUCGCUCUGAUUUUGUUCGCCCGGUUGAGCUUUAUAAAAUGUUAGAUGUCUUUGGUCCUAAUGUGGCGACAACUAUCGGAGCCGAUUGGCAACGUCACCGCAAGAUCGUGGCCGCCCCCUUCAACGAGAGGCUGAACAGCUUUGUCUGGGACGAGGCCAUCUCCCAGACGCAAGGCCUGCUCGCCAGCCGCGGAAAAGACUCUCAGUUCCGCGGCUUGGGCACGGACAUUCGUAUAUUAGCCCUGAACGUUCUGGCCGCCACGGGCUUCAAGCGCGCGCAAUCCUUCCAAAGCUCCAGCUCGGGGGAUCACCGUCGCUCCUACGGCGAGUCUCUCAACAUCUUGAUGGAGAAUUCCUUCCUGAUCAUGGUCAUCCCUCCCUGGAUCCUGCGGUUGCCGAUCCUGCCCAGCUGGUGUCGGCGCGUCGGCCAUGCGUUCGAGGACUUCAGGCAACAUAUGUUGGCCAUGUUCAACGAGGAGAAAGCGCUCAUCGACCGGGGUCAGCCUGGCACGGGGACGCUGAUGUCGACCCUGAUCCGCGAGUCUGAGGUCACCACCACCGGCCACUCUAGCAGCGGCGCGCGCAAGCAGCCUCCCCUCACCCUCCAUGAGAUCCUGGGCAACAUCUACGUGAUCAACUUCGCCGGCCACGAUACCACCGCCAACACCCUGACCUACCUGAUGUUCCUGCUGGCCGCCUACCCGGAUAUUCAGGAAUGGAUCGCGGAGGAGAUCCGAACGGUCAUACCCGCCAUUAGAGAUACAGACCAAACACCGGGGUUGGGCAGCUACAAGGAGGCCUUUCCCCGGCUGAAACGCUGUUUCGCUGUCCUGCUCGAAACCGUCCGCCUAUACCCAGCAAUCAUCGCCCUGCCGAAAUCCGUCGCCCCGCAAGAAGGAACCACACUACAUCUGCUCGAGAGCAACCGCACCCUCACCCUGCCACAGGGCACCGCCAUCCUCCCCAGUCUCCUCGCCGUCCAGACCCACCCCCGGUACUGGCCCGAGGAGCCCCAGCACUGGCGUCCACGACGCUGGAUCCAGGCCACCACCACAACAGCCAAAGCAGCAGAUACACAGCAAGAGACGAUCAUGGACCCCAAGCCAGGCACCUAUAUCCCCUGGUCAGCCGGGGUGCAGGUGUGCGCGGGCCAGAAAUUCGCUCAGGUCGAAACCGUCGCCCUGCUGGCGGCGUGCUUCCGCGCUCACCGGCUGCGGGCUAUCCGUCUGCCUGGGAAGGAUUUUGAGGCCAUGCAGAAGCGCCUGGUGGCUAUGACUAUGGAUACUCAUCAGCUGCUGGUUAUUCAGAUGCGAGAUCCGGAUAGCGUGCCUUUUGUGUGGGAGUAUGUGGGGGAUGGGAGUGAAGGACAGUAA